AGAAUCAUGAGGAUAAGUGGGCUGAACUAAAGUAUGAGAAGCUCUCAAACUUCUGCUAUAACUGUGGUAAGUUAGGUCACUUAGAUUCUGUGUGUGGAGAAGAGAUGGUCAUGUCUUUGAAGGAUCCAAACCAACCUAUGUAUAGUAAAAGGCUGAGAACUGCACAGGCGAGAGAGACUAACAGGAGGACCCCAGAAAGAAUCCUAAGCUCAAACUUGUCGUCUACCUGUUCUCCACCUAAGGAAAAUGAACAUUUAAAUAUUGAAUAUGUUGGUAGUAGCAGUAGUGGUUUGGUGGCUCGUAAUUCAAUGAGUAAGAAUCCUCUUAACGCUGUUAACCUGGAUAUCAUUCCUGUUAAUGAAUCUCUAUUUGUUUACUUUGUGGAAACACCUGGCGAUGAAUCUGCACUAGCUGCAAAAGGGUUGGAACAUGUUAUCCCCAGAAGGCUGCCUAGCAAAAUCCCCCUGGACAAAGUGUUUAAUGGUUUAAGAGUCAAGAGAGGUAGAUCAAAUAGCCCCACUAGUCGUAGCCCUACUAGUCCCACAGCAACGAAGUUGAAACCUAGUCGAAUUCUAAGAUUGAAUCCUCUGCUACCCUUGCCUGGCCCUGGGAAUGUAAUGUUUCCAAAAUCCAGUGAGAGAAAGAAAACACUAAAGAAAGGGAGGCCUGCUGGAAGAAUGCUAAAAGUGAGCCCUGGUGUCCAAAUUGAGGAAUCUCAGUUGUUCAAUGUGCCCAUCGCAGCAAAUAGAAUGAUAGUAUGGCUUGCUUUCUAUCGUUGGAGGAGGUAUUCCUUGGAAGGAGUUGAUUGUUUAGUAGGUUCUUCUGUCACCAAUUCAAAGGAGCAAUCUCAAAUGACCAAGCACUGCCAGAGGAUCUUCAGCCUCACUCUGCGUUCCUUUCAUCCCAAGCUCAUGAUGCUUGCUUUCAUCUACCUCACCAAGACUUUGAAGGCCUGCUUCUCAAGUCCACUCUACAUUAAACCACCAGAGGAUGUGCGACCUAUUGUUAACAGGAGUAAUUCCUUCCUUGCUUUUCUUCAUCUCCAAGCUUAGCAGCUCUCCUUUGUGGUGUUAUUUCAAGUGUUUUGUUUCUGUGUUACUGUUUUUUCUCAUGUUUUGUGUUUUCAUGGUCUGUAAGCUACCUUUUAUUUCUGGUUAAUAUAGUAGUUAUGUUUUA